AUGGACGCGGCGCAAUUACUCGCCAACACCCUCUCGGGCAACACGACGUUGAUGCAAGAGGCGGCGAAGCAGCUUGAACAGGCGAGCAAUGACAACUUUCACGGAUACAUGCAUACCCUCGCUCAUGAGAUGGCGAAUGAGCAACAGCAGCCUCAAGUUCGAUUCGCAGCUGCCCUGCAGUUCAAGAAUGCCCUUGCCGCACGAGAUGUCGUCAACCAACAAGGCCUUUCAGACCGCUGGCUCUCUCUCCCUGAAGAAGCCACCAUGCCCCUCAAACAGUCCAUCCUUGCCACCCUCAGCUCGACCGCUCCGCAAGUCGGACCCGGUGCGGCUCAGUGUGUCUCGGCGGUCGCAGCGGUGGAAUUGCCAAAGGGGAGAUGGCAGGAUUUGAUCCCUCAGUUGAUCCAGUUUGCGCAAAAUCAGGAGAAUACGGCGUUGAGGGUGCACACGCUUCAGACUAUUGGAUAUAUCUGCGAAGUCAUCGACCCCGAAAUCGUUGCGGCCCGAUCAAACGAGAUCCUUACUGCUGUGGUUCAGGGCGCGCGGAAGGAGGAGACCAACCGGGAUGUCCAGAUGGCAGCGAUGAGCGCGCUGUACAACUCGCUAGAGUUCAUCAGGGAUAACUUCGAGCGCGAGGGCGAGCGGAAUUACAUCAUGCAGGUGGUCUGCGAAGCCACCCAGAGUCCGUCCGAUAAGAUCCAGGUCCACGCUUUCGAGUGUCUCGUCAAGAUUAUGAGUCUGUACUAUGAGAAGAUGGAGUUCUACAUGGAGCGGGCGUUGUUCGGGCUUACUCUCAACGGGAUGAGGUCUAACGACGAGAUUGUCGCGCUGCAGGCCAUUGAGUUCUGGAGCACGGUAUGCGAAGAGGAGAUCGAGCUCAGCAUCGAGGCGCAGGAGGCGGCAGAAUAUGGAGACGCACCCUCGGCGGUAUCCAAAAACUUCGCCAAGAUGGCACUUGCCGAAAUCCUCCCACAGCUCCUGCAGCUCCUUCUCCAGCAGGACGAGGACGCGGACGACGACGACUGGAACAAGGCGAUGGCGGCGGGCGCGUGUUUGGAGCUGCUGGCAAGGGAUGUUGGGGACGAGAUCGUUGCGCAGGUUGUGCCAUUCGUGGAGCAGGGGAUCACGAGCACGGAGUGGAACAGGCGGGAAGCAGCGGUCAUGGCGUUCGGCUCUAUUCUGGACGGACCGGAACCAAGCGUCCUCGCACCACUCGUCACCCAGGCUCUCGGCGCGCUUAUCAACAUGCUCCAGAACGACUCGAGCGUCCAGGUCCGGGACACGGUCGCGUGGACACUGAGCAAAAUCACCGAGGUGAUGCUGGACGUCAUCGACCCGGACGCGCACCUCGACGGGCUGAUCACGGCUCUCGUGCUCGGUCUCAACGGCGCCCCGCGGAUCGUCAACAGCUGUUGCUCGGCCCUCAGCAAUAUCAUCGCUCAGCUCUCCCAGCCUCCAGACCUCCUCGGCGAGGACAUCCCCACUUCCGCCAUGUCGCGCUACUUUGCCGGCAUUAUCCAGGCCCUCGUCCCUAUCUCUGCCAAAUCUACCAACGAGUCCAACUCCCGGUCGGCGGCAUACCAGACUAUCGCCACUUUCGUCGCUUCGUCAGCAAACGACACGCUUAACGUCGUGCAGGGCAUCACCACCGAGAUGCUCGCGCGUCAAGAGCAGCUCCUGGCUCUGCACAACCAGCUGGUCGGUAUCGACGACCGCAACAACUGGAACGACAUGCAGGUCAACAUCUGCGUCGUUCUUCAGAGCUGCAUCCAUAAAUCCCCCGCCAUGAUAGCCCCCUUCGCCGACCGGAUCAUGACCAACCUCCUCUCCCUCAUUUCCGCGGCAGGCAAGCACGCCGGUGUCCUCGAGGACGCCUUCGCGACCAUCGGUGCGCUCGCCUCGGCCAUGGAAAUCGGGUUCAACAAGUACAUGGAGGCGUUCAGCCCGUACAUCUUCACCGCGCUUGCGUCGUUUGACGACUGGCAAGUCGCCCAGGCGGCCGUCUACGUCGCGAGCGAUGUCGCGCGCGCGAUCGGAGAUCAGAUCACACCGCAUGCGGAACGUCUCAUGGUCUCCCUCGUCGAUAUCCUUCGGAGUCCCGUCGUCCACCGCCAGGUCAAGCCAAACGCCAUCACUACUAUCGGCGAAAUCGCGCUGGCCGUCGGGUCAGCAUUCGGACCAUACCUGGAGACCGUCAUGGGUAUUCUGAGCCAGGCUGGCGCAACUGCCGCGUCGAGCAAUGACCCAGCGAUGAUGGAGUUUGUAUGGACGAUGCGGGAGGCGAUCGUCGAGGCGUUCAUUGGGAUUCUGAACGGGUUGAAGUCUGCCGAUCCUACACCAUUCCAGCAAUACGUACCAGGGAUCAUGGGCUUCCUGUCGACAUGCAUGGUCGACGAGGACCGCACGGACGCGUUCGUCACCUCGACACUGGGUCUCGUCGGCGACUUUGGGGAUACAUACAAGCGGGCGGUGAGGGACGAUCUGAUGCAGGAGUGGGUGCAGCAGGCGAUUGCGUAUGGACGGCAGAGGGGGUCGUCGAGAGCGGCCAAGAACAAUGCUGCUUAUGCGCAAAAGGCUAUCAAGGAGAUCUCGAAGUGA